AUGGAUGUUAGAAUCGUGGACGAGGAGAGAAGAAUUAAUGUGUCGACCUCUUCGAUUUUCAUCAAUCAUGAUCAAAUUGGUAACAUCAUGAUGACGAAUAAUAAUAGUAAUCAUCAGCAACAUCAACAUUACCAGAAUAGUAAUAAUAAUAAUCAGCAUAUGAUUGGAGGAAUCGGUACAAGUAAUUUAAAUGGACUAAGUGCAAAUAAUGGUGGAAUGAAGGCAGGAGUUGUUCUACGGACCAGAGUGGAGCUUCCGCAAUUUGAUUUCCAUGGACUGCCUCAAAUCCCACCCUCGUCGAGUUAUGCUAAGAGAUUGAGUGAUAUCAAGCAAUAUGGGCCCAAUACUUUUGUUUUGAAUAAAACAGAAAAACCUCCGUCGGCAGGAACCCGAGGCGAAAUGGUCUAUCAAUACACUACGGAAAGUAUUGCAAAGAGACAAUUAAUACAAGAGAGGGAACAAAUAACGUUGCCAAAUAUUCGAUCACGGGAAUCAACAAAAUCAGCUCAGUCCUUGGGAAAACCAGUUCAACGCCUUAAUCGACAAAUGGUGAUAAGAUUAGCUCAUGCGGAGACGGAAGAGGAAGUUUUGGAAUGUCUUGCAUCAGAUAAGGACCUGGAGGGAGUGCAGCAAGAAGACAUGGAGGUAUUCAGAAAUUUAUAUUUUCUUGAUGUGUCUGGAAAUUAUAUUCCUUUUGAGCAGUUGGCUUCCUUGCCCUCUUUGAAGAAUUUAAAUAUUGGCUGUAAUGCCCUUUCAGGAAUUUCUAUACCCCAACAUGUGGAUAAUGCAUUUUCAAAAUUAGAGAUUUUAAAUCUUUCGUAUAAUACUUUUUCAGAUCCCUAUUUGUUCAAUGAGCUGGGAAAAUUGAAACAGUUACGAAAACUUGACUUGAGCGGAAAUAACUUACAAGGGCUCCCAAAUGAUCUCUCACAAUUUAGCCUCACUGAAAUUAUUCUGGAAGAUAAUGUGCUGGAUUUUUCUGUAUUCUACUCUUUGAGCUCAAUGCCAAGUCUGGUUGAAAUCUCUCUCAACAAGAAUAAUAUUGAAAAAAUUCCAAAAAUUAGAAAAGAAAUAUUUCCAAACCUCCUUCGCCUUCGAUUGGAAGAAAACCAAAUUACUACACACGAAGAUUUGUAUGUUAACGAGUUUUCCUGUCUAGAAACUUUGUAUAUUAGUUCAAACCCUAUUUCUAACAGAAGCAAGGACCUAGAGAGAGCUAGAUAUACCUGCAAUAAGCGAAAUAUCCGGAUAAUAAUUUCAGGAUUAAUUAUGCCUUCAGAAAAACUGCCUGUCACCAAAUUCUACAAGUUAAACUCCAUGAUCAAUGUAAAUAGUAUUAACAAGAAAAGUCAACCACCUGCGACCAGAGAGAAGGAAAUGGAUACCACAAAGGAAGAAGAUACUGAAAGUUCGUUCUUCAUCACAGCUGUCCCAAGGCUAGAUCUGAAGGCUGUUGCUGAAAAGGAGCCUACCUCAGAAAAAAUUCUAACUCCAACAAGUCCUUUCCGAUCUCCUACCACAAAACUCUUUACAACUCAGUCUGCUUCUGAAAUCAAGAAAAUUACGGAAUCCUAUGACAGAAUGAAUGAUAUUGGUAAGAAAGUCAAGGUCACCUACGAUGUCAAAGAUCUAAGAAAGAGUUCCCGAAUGCCAGCUGAUAGGUAUGAAUACAAUAAGGAUUGGUUCGAUUUGGAUGUGGCCCUUAAUAAUGUGGAUGAAUCGCUAGAUGAAGAAAUUAAGAAAAACGCCUCAAUGAUUUCCCAAGAAAAGCAAAAGCUAGCCCUCUAUAAUGACAGUGUUGACCUCUACAAAACCAAUCUAACGGACAAAAAGAAUACAUAUCGUGCUCUCAAAUUUGCAAUUGAAAAUCCCAUUAAAUUGCCAUUCGCCGCUACUAGAGAGAGUACGAGUGAUGCCACCAAGACUUCACUCGAUGUGAGUGCUUUGAAGAGUUUGUAUAGCUAA